AUGGCAUUUUACGCCGCCGUUUCGCGAGCCAAAGCGAUGUCGCGAGCCUUCUCUCCGAUCCUCCGUUGCAUGAGCAACGUGCCGGAAAACACCGUCUACGGCGGCCCAAAGACGCAGAGCCCAGACCAGAGAGUGACGGUGACCCACUUGAAGAAAAAGCACAAGAAGGGCGAGCCCAUCACCAUGGUCACCGCCUACGACUACCCUUCUGCGGUCCACCUGGACUCCGCCGGCAUCGACAUUUGCUUGGUCGGCGACUCGGCCGCCAUGGUGGUUCAUGGGUAUGACACCACCCUUCCUAUCACGCUUGAUGAAAUGCUUGUUCACUGCCGAGCCGUGGCUCGUGGCGCCAAGCGACCGCUUUUGGUUGGGGACUUGCCCUUUGGCUCCUACGAGUCUAGCUCCAAUCAGGCUGUUGAUUCUGCGGUGAGGGUUUUAAAGGAAGGAGGAAUGGAUGCGAUCAAAUUAGAAGGAGGGUCACCUUCUAGAAUUACUGCAGCAAAAUCUAUCGUGGAAGCUGGAAUUGCUGUAAUGGGGCAUGUGGGACUUACUCCUCAGGCCAUUAGUGUUCUUGGGGGAUUUAGGCCCCAGGGAAGGAAUGUUGCUAGUGCUGUGAAGGUUGUGGAGACAGCACUGGCUUUGCAAGAAGUUGGGUGCUUUUCUGUUGUUUUAGAAUGUGUACCUCCACCAGUGGCAGCUGCUGCAACAUCUGCUCUUCAGAUUCCUACCAUUGGCAUUGGAGCAGGGCCUUUUUGCAGUGGGCAGGUGCUAGUUUACCAUGAUCUUCUUGGAAUGAUGCAACAUCCACAUCAUGCCAAGGUUACCCCAAAAUUCUGUAAGCAGUUUGCACAUGUUGGAGAAGUCAUCAAUAAAGCUCUAAUAGAGUACAAGGAAGAAGUGACCAGCGGCUCGUUUCCUGGCGCUGCCCACAGCCCAUAUAAAAUCAGUGCUGCUGAAAUUAAUGGCUUUUUAAGUGAGUUAACAAAGUUGGGUUUGGACAAGGCAGCAUCUGCAGCAGCUGAAGCAGCUGAGAAGAUUAGUACAAGCAAAUAA